UGAAACACUUGGUCUCCAUCCAGCCUCCUGUAUCCUCGGCUUUGGCAGUAAAGACGUGGAGGGGCUUGCCUGGGACGCUUUAGAAGUAGGGAUGCACAGGACUCAGGAAAUCAUUGGCAGAGUAGGGAAGUAGGUAAGCAUUAACAGGGUACAUUUCUUGGUACCUGGAGCCUCUCACCUUUCUUCCCAGUGAAAUGGAAAGGUGAAAGUGAAUGGCUAAGAUUAAACGUCCUAACAUACACAUGUAGUGUGUUCUCCAGAGUGUAAUUAGAGGUCUCUUGAAUUCAGUAAAAGGGAGCCUUUAGUGUUGCAGAUCCCCAUCCGUCUUAGACCAAACUAAAGGGGCAAAGCCUUGCAGCACUCCUCUCCGCCUAACCCCACAACUCCGGUCAUGGGGCAGGUUAGAUGUUUUUGUAAAAAGCUCGGCACCAGGCCUCUUGGAGGUGUAAUAAGUAAGUAUGAGUGACAGUUACUGAGGCAAAUGAAAAACUGCUAAGCUCUUGGGGACACACAGCCUCAGAAUACAAUCUUGUUGCAACCUCAAUAGGGCCCAAAGUCACAUGCAUCAUCUUGGGGGAGAAAACCGGACACGGACAUACAUCCAGCAUCCAUUCAACAUACAUUUUUAGCGAGGGCACAGGAGAUAAGCAGUGCAACAGUGAUCUGUCCCAUAGAGAAAAAGAGGGGAGGGGAAAGAACAUUGGGAAAAUGGUCAGUGUUACCGUAGGGUACUGUGGGGAGGCCUCGCUGUGAAGGUGGUAACCGGUUAAGCAUCCGACUUAUGCUCAGGUCAUGAUCUCGAGGCUCCUGAUUUCAAGCCCCGCGUGGAGCUCUGUGCUGACAGCCCAGAGCCUGGAGCCUGCAUCCGAUUCUGCGUCUCCCUCUCUGCCCUUCCCCCGCUUGCACUCUCUCUCUCUGUCUCAAAGAUAAAUGAACAUUUAAAAAAGAGUGAGGCAGAGAAAAACAGCAAGUGCUCUCGGAUAUUUAUGUGGCUCGGUUAACACCGCCUGGCUCAAAAGAGGCUUUCAGUACGUAAGAGAGAAAUAACGAUUAUAGGGAAUUCAGAGAUUUGUUUCACCGAGGACUCUGCAGUACAACUGCACCUUUUUGGCUCCGGAAGGAGAGACAGGAGUUGAAGUCCCUAUAAAAGCCCCAGACUUUGAACUCAGAAGAGAGACUGCAUUUCUAAGCCCAGUGUCUCCUGUGAGCGAUGCCUUUGGCCGAGCCGCGUCAAACCGGAGUCGGCUGGCCGUCUGUAUCAGGACCGCCACAGGUGCCUGUUUAACAAACGCUGGGAGCAGGAAUCUACAUUUUCCAGCCCAGGGCCCACGGGGCUGUACCGUGGGAGCCCUCAAAAACAGUGGGGUCCUACGGUCCGGCCGGUUUCCGCGCGCCCCACUCGCUUCCGGUCGGCGCUGCAACAUCAUUAAGCGGCGCCGGAAGUGCCUUCGCGCUGCCUAGGAGACGGGACGCGGGGCCGUCGGCUGACAGGGCCGGGCUGGCCGCGCCCACUCGGUCGCCAUGGAGCUUCCCCCAGGGCCUCGCGACGAUCCCCGCGCCUGGGACGAUGACUCGGACCCGGAGCCGGAGCCCGACCCCGACGCGCAGGCCGAGGCUUACGUGGCCCGCGUGCUCAGUCCGCCGAAAGUCGGGCAGGCGCUCCCGCGCGCGCCUUUGCUGUCGGCUCCGGUCGCGUCCCCUGGCGCCCUGGAGCCGCGGGCGGCGUCCAAGGGUCCGCCCGUGGGCGUCCCGGGCCUGCUGAGCCUUCCUCCGGAGCUGCUGCUCGAGAUCUGCGCCUACCUAGACGCGCGUCUGGUGCUCCACGUCCUGCCGCGCGUGUGCCACACGCUGCGCGACCUCGUGCGUGACCAUGUCACCUGGAGACUACGCGCGCAGCGCCGCGUACGCGCGCCCUACCCAGUGGUGGAAGAGGAGGACUUUGACUGGCCGACGGCCUGCAUUGAGUUGGAGCAACACCUGUCGCGCUGGGCCGAGGACGGGCGCUGGGCUGAGUACUUCUGCCUGGCCGACGGACACUUUGCUUCCAUCGACUCCGUGCUGCUGCUCCAGGGUGGGACGCUUUGUCUGUCAGGCUCCCGAGAUCGCAACGUCAACCUGUGGGACCUGCGGCAGCUUGGGGUGGAGCCCAGCCGAGUUCUGGUCAAGGCCCUGGGCACCCAGAAGAACAGCACCCACAAGGGCUGGGUGUGGUCGCUGGCAGCGCUGGACCACCGCGUGUGCUCCGGUUCCUGGGACAGCACGGUGAAGCUCUGGGACAUGGCGGCAGACGGGCAGCAGUUCGGCGAGAUAAAGGGCAAGGCGGCCGUGCUGUGUUUGUCCUACCGGCCUGACAUCCUGGUGACUGGCACCUAUGACAAGAAGGUGACCGUCUACGACCCCAGAGCGGGCCCGGCGCUGCUCAAGAGCAGGCGGCUGCACUCCAGCGCGGUGCUGGCGCUGCUGGCGGACGACCGUCACAUCAUCUCGGGCAGCGAGGACCACACACUCGUGGUGUUCGACCGCCGGGCCAACAGCGUCCUGCAGCGACUGCAGCUGGAUUCCUACCUGCUCUGCAUGUCCUACCGGGAGCCCCAGCUCUGGGCUGGUGACAACCAGGGCCUGCUGCACGUCUUCGCCAACCACAGUGGCUGCUUCCAACUCGUCCGGUCCUUUGACGUGGGCCACAGGUCUCAGAUCACAGGCAUCAAACACUCACUGGGGGCCUUGUACACCACGUCCACCGACAAGACCAUCCGGGUGCACGUGCCCACGGAUCCACCGAGGACCAUCUGCACCCGAAGCCACAACAAUGUGCUAAACGGGAUUUGUGCCGAGGGCAACCUGGUGGUAGCUGCCUCUGGGGGUCUAUCGCUGGAGGUCUGGCGGCUGCAGGCCUGAGCAGGCGGACGUGGAUGUGGAUGUGGGUCUGCCGGCCCGCAGGCUGGGCCAGGGCUUCUGUUCUCGGGGGACCUCCCCCCACGCCGGUGCCGCCUCCGCCCUGUCCCAAAGGCCUGGGGCCCAAGGAGUCCGGGCCACGGUUAGGCAGUGUCCCCGGGCUGCACCCCACGCCAGGGAAGGUGAGGUUGCCGUUCAGGCCCACCCAGGGGACUGCUUGCUCCCCUCCCUUGGGCCCAGUUUUUGUUACGGUUUGGACACCUGCUCUCCCUGGAGAGCAAAGGAGAAAUAAACCUGAUGUACUGGUGUCA